GUUAGGUGUGAAGACAGGAACAACAAAGAGGAGAAAGCGGAGCGGCUUUAAACCUCUUCAGGAGACACACCUCAACACAAAACCAAGGAAAGUAGCUGUCAACCUCAGUAGGGCAAUAGAAUCUGGUGUGCAUGUGAGGACAAGCGUGAGCCGAGCCGAACAUGGCGAACAAUGCCGAGGAUAUCGAGAACAACAUGGACCAGCAGGAGACAGACGUGGCCUCUGAGCCCCCCCCUCAGGAGGCAACGGGGGUCCGGGCCCGGUCCAGAGGAGCUGAUGGAGGAGUUGGGGGUCCCGGAGGUAACGGCAGCGGUCCAGAGCAGAACGGGCAGCCCCCCCCUCGACCCCCCCGGGUGGUGGUGGAGGCGGAGGAGGACGACGAUGAAGAGCUGACCCUGAAGUACGGAGCCAAACACGUCAUCAUGCUGUUCGUGCCCGUGACGCUCUGCAUGGUGGUCGUCGUGGCAACCAUCAAGUCGGUCAGCUUCUACACGCAGAACGACGGCCAGAGACUGAUCUACACUCCCUUCCCGGAGGACGCGGUGACGUUGGGACAGCGAGCGCUGAACUCCGUCAUGAACGCCGCCAUCAUGAUCACCGUCAUCAUCGUCAUGACGCUGGUGCUGGUACUGCUCUACAAGUACCGCUGCUACAAGGUGAUCCAAGGCUGGCUCUUCCUCUCCUCCCUCCUCCUGCUCUUCUUCUUCUCCUACAUCUACCUCAAGGAGGUUUUCAAGACCUACAACGUGGCCAUCGACUACUUCACGCUGGCGAUAAUAGUGUGGAACUUCGGGGUGGUGGGCAUGAUGUGUAUUCACUGGAAGGGUCCUCUGCGGCUCCAGCAGGCCUACCUCAUCAUGAUCAGCGCCCUCAUGGCCCUCGUCUUCAUCAAGUACCUGCCCGAGUGGACCGCCUGGCUCAUAUUAGCCGUCAUAUCCGUCUACGAUCUGUUGGCGGUGCUCUGUCCCAAAGGGCCCCUGAGGAUCCUGGUGGAGACGGCUCAGGAGAGGAAUGAGCCCAUCUUCCCCGCCCUCAUCUACUCAUCUACGAUGGUGUGGCUCGUCAACAUGGCCGACACUGAGUGGCCGCCAAAAAGAAACUCCACAGAAGCGGCGACCCCUCCACCUCAGCCUCAGGAGGCUCCAGAAGACGUGGCCUCCCCGGCCUCCCCCCCCGCUCUGUCUAAUGACGACGGGGGCUUCAGCUCCAACUGGGUGAACCACCAGGAGCACCAGCUGGGCCCCCUGCAGACCACGGAGGAGACCCGCCGGGAGAUCCAGGAGAUGCCCUCCGACCGCCCCCCCGUGGAGGACGACGACGACGAGGAGAGGGGGGUGAAGCUGGGGCUCGGAGACUUCAUCUUCUACAGCAUGCUGGUGGGCAAGGCCUCGGCCACAGCCAGCGGCGACUGGAACACCACGCUCGCCUGCUUCGUGGCCAUCCUCAUCGGCUUGUGUCUGACCCUGCUCCUCCUCGCCAUCUUCAAGAAGGCGCUCCCCGCUCUGCCCAUCUCCAUCUUCUUCGGCCUAGUCUUCUACUUCGCCACAGACAACCUGGUGCAGCCCUUCAUGGACAGACUGGCGCUGCACCAGUUCUACAUUUAGCAGGACGACACCACGAUAAACCUCCACCCUCGUACUUCCUCCGGCCACAACGUCACCGGCCGGGUGGUGAACAAAAGGGCGAUGCCGGGGGCCCCUUGACCAGAAAGAAACCUAGAAACCCACUAUGACAGGACACAUGUUGUUUUUGUUCUGCCUUUUUCUCUCCCGGAGGGUUUUCCCCCCACAUUUUUAUUUGCGUUUUAAAACCAAGAAAUGACAUUUCUGGCUCGACUUGGGACCUCAUCUUCACAUUUUUUUAUUUAUCCAGGGAAGCUUUGCAGGAGCAACAGUAAUAAUAACCACAGUCUUCUACAACUUUACAGAAGGUGCCUUGCUCAGGGACACUGAGAGGUAGCUGUGGAGCGAAGGGAGACGUUUUUCAUUCAAUCUCCUUCAAAGACUUUAAUCAAACAUCUUCAUCUUUACAGCCCCCCCCCCCAAAGCUAACCCUCCUAUGAAAGAAAAAAGCCUUCAUUGAGUAACGGACACUCUGUGGUGUUGAUGAUAGAUGUGUAGUUUGUGUUCGAGCUGUCGGUCACCACACGUGCUUUCCUCACCGCCGUUACGAAUGGUUAACACGCGCUGACGGAUGAGCGAUCCCACCCCGAGAGAUUUACACUGAUGUUUUUCAAUCUUUUUCACAGGAAAGAGUGGAUUUAUUAUCCAUCAAAUCAAGAUACGAGAAGAAUAGAGCUGUAACAAAUAGUCGACGGAAAGAUAAUCGCCAAAUAUUUCUAAAUCGAUUGAUUAUUAAAGUCAUUUGUAAUUAGAAAUUGUCCUAAGAUGCCGUUUUCAGCCUCUCUGAUAUGGAGAUUUCCGCCUUUUCUCUCUUUUAUAACAUAUGAAAGUGAAUAUCUUUGGAGUUAGCAUUGACAAAACAGAGAUAUUUAAAAACAUCACCUUGGACUUUAUCGACCUGAGACCUUUUUCACAGUUUCUGACCAAACGAUGAAUGGACCAAACACGUUCUAGAUAAUGAAUAUAAUCUUGAGUUGUAAUCUUUUUUUAAAGAAGUUUAGUUUUCCCACUUUAAAAACACAUCUCUGAGAGUGAUUCACCCCCGCAGAGACACACCGAUCACGUUUUAAGCCCGUGUAUCUCUCUUUGAGAAAAAGUGUUUCUAGACAUUAAGAUAUCAGUGUACUUGUGACACUGGCCGUUUCUCAAUGUCGAGUAUACCUGCUGCAGAGCCACUAUUUCAAGUAUACUACGUCAUCGAGUGGCGCCGAAUGCUGGGCAUUUAAACAGUCCUUCGGCGCCACUCGAUGACGUAGUAUACUUGAAAUAGUGGCUCUGCAGCAGGUUUACUCGACAUUGAGAAACGGCCACUGACUCUAAUAUUCCACCGUGUUUCCUGCCCUUCAUUUUAAACUAAAGGAACACCAACAAAAUAAUCACAAAACCCCGCCUGUAACUUCAAUCCUUCAAUCAUAGUUUUUCUCUCAUGCCUUUAGUGGUAAACAAAGAAUCAAACAACAUAGAAAAGUCUGGAAAUGAAGUCAAUCAUGGCCUCGUUUAACAAAAGCAAAACUCAUGCAGUACAAUCCAAGUUUUACUACUUCAUAAACACGUGACCUUUCAACCAAAAAAUACUAUUAAAAGUAUUUUUCUGCAGAGGCAGGCAUGUGAGGGAAAUUGUCAUUUUGUUGGUUAAAUAUUGCUUUAAAUCACAGUUGAUGUCACAGCCUGCAGAGGGAGGAAAGUACACACACACACACACACACACACACGAUUGCCUGGAGGUCCAGUGCCGUGCCUUGCUCGAGGGCAUUUCAGUAGUUGUUGUUAUUGUGGACAGAAACGACGUGCUUUUCAUUCUCUUCCCGGACUCACAUUUAAUUUAAUUUUUCUCCAACCUGCCCAGAGUAACCUGUGAUCAUCUGCUCUCACUCUCUUUAGGCUCCGCCCCCUACUGUGCUACACCCAACACCACGGUUAUUUCCACUAAACACAGAUACUGUUGUUUUUCCAAAAUAUGCAUAAGAGAAACUUUGUACUUUUUCAAACACGGAGUAACGGUUCCUACACAGAUCAGGAGCGUCUGUGAAACUAACAUCAGAUCUGUGUGUUUUGAGAAGAAAAUGCUGAUAAAUGAGGGAAGUGUAGUUUGAUUUGAAACUUGAAUGUGAACAUAAUCUCCAGUUAUCCAGCAUUAACUGUGUAUUUUAACAAACCACAUUUAAAAAAGGGUCUUCUAUGAGAUAUGGAGUUGUGGCUUCUCAUAUGUGAACAAAAUAAUGCAGAUUGAUGGAGAACGAGCUGCACUGAUGGAUUUUUAUUGUUUCACUCGAGUGUAAUGCUUGCAGAGAUCAACCAAGGGAACAAUGUAUACAAAUAUCUGUUCUGAAACUUUGCUUUUUUUUAGGGAAUAUGUCGGGUGACUGCCUUUUUUUUCCUGUCCUUCACAUGCAUAUGUGUGUUAUGCAAGGUUAUUCAAUUCAGAUUUUGUUUUUUUAAUAAAUAAUGAAAGUUAAAAUA